UUGGAAUACUUAUACUAAAAACAACACGGAAAAUAGAAAACAGUACGGCCGACGCCAAUAACUGAAAUGAUUUCAAAUGGCAGCGCAAGAGAUGGGUUGUCGGUGAUAGGUUUGUCUCGCAGCGGAGGACAUGGUGAUCUGGAUAUGAUGGUUUUGUUAACAAAUCUAUGGUUGGGUCUGUCUCUGUUUUGGGUCUCCACAAGGACCACAAUGAUAGCCUACGUCACUCCGAUUCUCGCUGUUAGAGAUCUCUUUCCUCUCCACAGAGGCGUAAUUGUCCGUGUGAUGAUGAUUAAGUUCAUUCACGAUGUAUUUCCGAGUAUGCUCGGCCUUCUCGAUCUGACGACAAUGAUUGUUGACAGUGUUUUGUUUCAAAUUUACGGUCCUCGACAUCUAUGGGUUCCCGGAAUCAAAUAUGAAGCACUUAUCGUGAAGAUUUACAACGACGUCUUUGAUGUGGAAGGUAUAAUCGGAUGGGAUUACAUCAGUAGCAAGCGAAAUUCUCUGAUACACACAAGGACACCGAUACGGACUAAUUGGUAUCGGAUUGUCGGGAUUUCAAAACUUUUUCCACAAGCAAUGGGUUUCUUUUAUGUGAUGUGGAGUUUCAAACAAAGAAUGUCAAUAAGGCAUACAUAUCACAUUCAAGUAAGAUGGCUGAUGAAGAAGGGACAUAACAUGUUUAAUAACAUGAUAGCGAGUAAGGCUUAUGGAACAACUAAGCAUCGUCAAAUUCUCUUUUUCAUGUUUUGUUAUCUUCAAUAUAUGGCACAUAUAUCUGCUUAUGUAAUAAUUUGUUUUGUGAAAUUUUGUAUUUGCUAUGUACCUGCUGUAAUACCUUACUGAUUAAUGA